GGGGGCGGGGCCACACCCUUUGGCGCGAAAUUUUCUUUUUUUCACUUUAGAGUUCUAGCCUGGCAUCAGCUUUGCUUACGGUAAGCGACCGUUGGGUGCUAAGGGAGAAGUCUAGUUCCGGCAGGUUAGAGUUGCCGCAGCCUGCAGAGAGCACAAAGCGGAGGCGGUGGGAAGCUGAGAGCCCGCGGAAGUUUCGGUCCCUGGAGCCAUGAUAUCCCAUAAUACAAGGCAGAAGACCAGGAAGACUUACUCAUGGGUUGGCAGGCGUUUGCUGGAUCGAAAAUUGGGCUACCAAACCUAUACAGAAGUGUCUGUGAAAAGAGAAGGUUGUUCAAUUCAGACUCACAUCCAAGUUGGCCAGUUUGUGUUGAUUGAAGGGAAAGAUGAAAACCCCUAUGUUGCAAAAUUGAUCGAAUUAUUUGAAGAUGAUUCUGAACUUCAUUCUAGGAAACGUGCACGAGUACAGUGGUUUAUCCGAUUUUGUGAAGUUGCUCCCUGCAAACGGCAUUUAUUAGGCCGAAAGCCUGACCCACAGGAGAUUUUCUGGUAUGACUACCCCGCCUGUGAUGACAACAUUAGUAUUGAGACCAUCAUUGGCCCUGUUAAGGUAGUGGCUUUAGCACCAGAUGAAGUGAUCCCAGUGGGUCUGAAAAAUGAAGAAACAUUCUUUGUGAAACUGUCCUGGAAUGAAAAGAAGUUCAAACCACUUUCCCCAGAACUAUUUGCAGUGUUUGAUAGACGACAAGAAGACAGGUCCAAGUACCAGAAGCCCAGUACUAAGAAUGCAGAAAGCCCUUCUUGUCAUACAGCAGACAGUGUGGUCAAAAGGACUGAAUCAAGACAUUCUGCCUCCAAAUCUUGCCACAUCCCCUCUGCAGGAAAAAAGCUGGAGCUUGACAGUUUCCCUAGGAUACCUGCUUCUAAGAUAGCCCAGAAGACUUCAUGUGCUUCCUUGGAUUCUCCAAGAAAAACUAAGCGGAAAAUGACCUUCUCAGAGACUACCUCAGCUUCAAAGAGACCUCAGCUAGAGGCAGUCAAGACCUCAUUUCCAGCUCUGAAAACCCCAGAGAAAACUGGAGCACGUGGACUCAUUGGUGCCAGUGUCAAGAAUGACUCACCUGAAUGCCACAUGACCCUGCGAACCCCAGGCUCAGCUGUGAAAACCAUGAGGAUUAGUGAGGAGAUGAAACUUACCCCUAUCAGGGAAGGCCGAAGAACUUCAGGGGUGCCUUAUGUGGGUCUGAAACCAGAAUACAUCAGUAAAAGGGAGGCAAAAGAGCCAGAAGCUCAGAAUGAAGCUAUUGGUACUCCCCAUCAUGCCCGGAGAAAGAGUUCUCUCUUGACAUUGAAUCGGAUUAGGCAGCAGCUUCGGUAUCUAGAAAAUAAUAAAAGUGACCAAGAGGACAAAGAAUUCCUGCCAGCAUCAGAGGAUUCCAACUCCAGCAGUGAGGACGAAGGGGCUUCUGCUCUGCCCCUUCUGAGAAGACGCCCCUGCCACACAUCCAGGCACUUGCAGCCUGUCUCAGAGCCAUCUGUCCAGUCCCCCUCCAGAACACCAAAGAAAGCCCUCAAGCGUAGAACACCACGUUGUGUCACUGCCAAGAUCCGUAGCCGAAGCCUGGCUGCACAGGAACCAGCCAGCAUGCUGGAGGAGGCCCGGCUGAGGCUGCAUGUUUCUGCUGUGCCUGAUUCUCUUCCUUGUCGAGAGAAGGAAUUCCAAGACAUCUACAACUUUGUGGAAAGCAAACUCCUUGACCAAACUGGGGGGUGCAUGUACAUCUCUGGGGUCCCUGGGACAGGAAAAACUGCCACUGUGCAUGAGGUGAUUCGCUGUCUGCAGCAGGCAGCCCAAGCUAACGAUGUUCCGCCCUUCCAGUAUAUUGAGGUUAAUGGCAUGAAGUUGACGGAGCCCUACCAGGUCUACGUGCAGAUCUUGCAGAAGCUGACAGGCCAGAAGGCAACAGCUAGCCAUGCUGCAGCACUGCUGGCAAAGCAAUUCUGCACCCGAGGGUCUCCACAGGAAACCACUGUCCUGCUUGUGGAUGAGCUUGACCUCCUGUGGACUCACAAGCAAGAUGUCAUGUAUAAUCUCUUCGACUGGCCAACUCACAAAGAGGCCCGUCUGGUGGUACUAACCAUUGCCAACACCAUGGAUCUGCCAGAAAGAAUAAUGAUGAACCGGGUAUCGAGCCGAUUGGGCCUCACCAGGAUGUCCUUCCAGCCCUAUACUCACAGCCAACUGCAGCAGAUCCUUGUGUCUCGGCUUAAGCAUUUGAAGGCCUUCGAGGAUGAUGCCAUCCAGCUGGUAGCCAGGAAGGUGGCAGCCCUGUCUGGGGAUGCACGGCGCUGCCUGGAUAUUUGCCGGCGAGCCACAGAGAUCUGUGAGUUCUCCCAUCAGAAACAGGACUCGCCUGGCCUGGUCACUGUGGCCCAUUUAAUGGAAGCUGUGGAUGAGAUGUUCUCCUCAUCGUACAUCACUGCCAUCAAGAAUUCCUCCGUCUUGGAACAGGGCUUCCUGAGAGCCAUCCUUGCAGAGUUCCGUCGAUCUGGACUAGAGGAAGCAACAUUUCAGCAGAUAUACAGUCAGCAUGUGGCCCUGUGCCAGAUGGAGGGGCUGCCUUAUCCCACCAUGUCAGAGACCAUGGCCGUGUGCUCGCGCCUGGGCUCCUGCCGCCUGCUCCUCAUGGAGCCCAGCAGAAACGACCUGCUCCUCCGGGUGCGGCUCAACGUCAGCCGGGAUGACGUGUUGUAUGCGCUGAAGGAAGAGUGAAGGGAGUCCAUGGGCCUGUUUUUUAAAGAACCCGAUUUCCUUUUUUUCUAGCACCUGAAAUUGUAGCAAAAUUUACUGAAUGGAAAUGACUGUUAUGUUUGUGUUUUGCAAUUUUCUAUUAAAUAAUUUGUUUUUUC